AUGGAGAUUGCUUCGAAGCAAUGUAGUUUUCUUACUCCUCAGCUUCCAUGGCUUAUGCUCUCCCCUAAUCUCUUUUCUGCUGAAGACCACUGCCUUUUCAACCUCAGUGAUUGGAGGACCUACUAUUCGUACUCAUAUAGUAGUAAUAUGAAAAGGUUGGAUUGUGUUGGGUCAAUUGAGGGAUGGCUAUUCAUGGUGGAUAGUGCAUUGUGGCGCCCGGAGGAUUUUAUGAAACCUUGGUCAUUCUACUUGCAGGAUCAUCACUCUUUUGAUACUGCCUACUUCCUCUUGAAUCCGAUAACCGCUACUCGAGUUCUGCUCCCAUCAACACCACAGUCCACCUUCCCAUGUGGCUGCGAAAACGGACCUGGCUUCGUCUUGACUAAACUUACUGCCUCUUUCACACCAACAAGCUCAAGCCAAUAUUGCUUUUUUGUGGCCAGCAUUUGCAUCAACGGACAUGUCUGUAUAUGCACGCCAGCUGAUCGAUCGUGGACAUGCAUUGAGUCUAACAUACAUGUUCAUGGAACUCGUUAUCAAGAUAUAGAGAUAAUGGAUGGGAAAUUAUAUGCUGCAACGAUAAUGGGUUUUGUAGUGUUGUUUGACAUCCAAUUCCAUGAUGGUGCCCCUCUUACUUAUAGGGCUGACAGAGUGGUUACCUUUGGUCCCGGGCCACUUACAUUUAGGUACCCCUCCUUUACAAGGACAAGGGUAUCUUUGUACGUGACUUAUGUUGGUCAAGUCAUGUAUCUAGCAAACGAUCCUACGACCAAGGAGUUGUUCAUUAUUACCCAUUUGGUUCAUUCUAGUGACGAGCUUACUCCAACAAUUCCUUGGGAGGUCAUCGCAGGCACUCAUCUCAAUAUUCCCUACAAGACAAUUCAGUUUGGAGUGUUCAAGCUCAAACCUGAUGAUCCUGAUCCUCAAAUUUCACCUGUUUUCGACCUUGGUGAUCGGAUAUUGUUCGUCAGUAGGUCUGGUUGCAAAAUCAUGCGCGCCACAAGUGAUGCCCUUAAGUAUAAUCCAAAUGGAGAUCAGGCGCAACUUCUUGAAAGAAAUCGUAUCUAUUUUGCUUUCGACGAUUUUUGUGUAGAAUCAGCGUCAAGUGAACACGAAUUUGGGAUGUUUUCCUUGGCAACUAAGAGAGUUGAGUUUUUCCCCUGGCCUUUUCUCAAGAACAGUUCUUCUCGAGUCCGCUUCAACUCUCGACCAGUCUGGUUCACACCAAAUCUUUAA